AGCCGCCGUCUUCUGUCCGGAGCUUCUCCUUCUGAUUCGUUUGCUUCCUCUCUCCGCUCAGAAAUGCCGAAGCAAAUCCAUGAGAUCAAGGAUUUCCUCCUCACUGCUAGGAGGAAGGACGCACGCUCUGUGAAGAUCAAGAGGAGCAAGGAUGUGGUGAAGUUCAAGGUCCGCUGCUCCAAGUACCUCUACACUCUUUGCGUCUUCGACUCCGAGAAGGCUGACAAGUUGAAGCAAUCUCUUCCUCCAGGUUUGAGCGUGCAAGACCUGUGAGAAGAUGGCUUUGCUUCCUAGCCGUUAUAGAGUCAUUAGCGAGAGACAUCCACUUCCAGUUUUGGAAGAUUUAUUUUCUUACCAGUGUCUUGAGGUUGUCUUGUUUGACCCGGAUUUGGUUUUUAAUUCUUAUGUUAUGAGGAAAAUAUGGCUUAUUCUGAAUUAUACGAUAUGGUACCUGUGGACCUUUCUUGCCAUCAUCUUAUUUGGAUCGUAAGCUUAUUGUUGUUCAUAUGGAAUCAAUAGGGUUUUCCUUUUUCUACUA